CUACUCUGUGGCAUGGCAUAACCUUUAUUUUCGGAAAAUGUUUAUAUUUGUGUUGUUUUCGCAACGAGAAAAAUUGAUAAUGAAGUAGAGAAAAGCGGAAGUAGAUAAAUAGAAGUACGCAAUGGAAAACGAUGAUAUACAUCUUACCUGGAAAAAACUUGAAAGUGUUGCUAAAAAGACAGGCAUGAGAGAAGGCAUUUCCGAUGGAAGAGACCAAAAUUUUCAAAAAAGUUUCGACAUUGGCUUUGAAGAAGGCUUCAAAAAUGGAUUUCUUCUGGGCAAAUUCAAGGGAAAAUUGAUGGGUGAAGCUAAACAAAAUGGUUCCGAGUUGAAAACACACCCGCUUCUAGAAAACAUCAGUAGAGGAUCAUGCGAAAUAUGCAAAAAUUCAGUGUGGGAAGAAAAUGUUGAAAACCUUCUUGAUCUGCAGAGGGAACGUUACAAUAUGAACAAUAGAACACUGAUUUUACAUUCAAGGAAUACAAGUUGAGAAAAUUUUGUUCUUUUGACGCACAUCAUUAUUUUGUUCAACCAACAGAGUGGCAUCAUCAGGAGAUGAUCUUGGGUGCAGAUCAGAUUCCGUGAAAGUGGUGCCAAAUCUAGUUUUUGAAUAAUACUUUCAUAAAAUGUA